CCAAAAGCUAGCUCGCUUGGAGAAGGGGCACAGGCGACUUGGAUCGCGCUGGCCGCGGUGACAAGAGGGUGGCCGAGGGACAGAGGGUGGCAGGGGGACAGCGGGUGGCUGCUCCGGGGGCCGGGACCUGGGCUGAGCCCCGAGGGAUGCUCUGAAACACGGCCACCGGGGGGCUCCGGGGGGACCCCGCUGCGCGCUGCUCGCCCGCGGGAGGCUCCGCCCGGCCCCGGGAGGAGGAGGAGGAGGACGAGGACGAGGAGGAGGAAGAAGGAGGAGGAGGAGGAGGAGAGAGAGGAGGAGAGGGAGGAGGCGGCGCCCGGCGGGGCUCGGCGGGAUCCGGAGGCACAGCCGCGAAGGAGGAGCGGGGCCGGGCGGCGCUGGAGCCGCAUCGCCGCGGGCCGCCCCGCGCCGCCGCCCAGGAUGUGGUGGGACGAGCGGGUGUCGGCGAGGUUCCGCAGGAACCUGCAGCCCACCCUCACCUACUGGAGCGUCUUCUUCAGCUUCGGCCUCUGCAUCGCCUUCCUGGGGCCCACGCUGCUGGACCUGCGCUGCCAGACGCAGAGCUCGCUCUCGCAGAUCACCUGGGUCUUCUUCUCGCAGCAGUUCUGCCUCCUGCUCGGCAGCUGCCUCGGAGGGGUCUUCAAGAGGACGUUGGCUCAGUCGCUGUUUGCACUCUUCGCCUCGUCCCUCGCCAUCUCCCUGGUCUUUGCCAUCAUCCCCCUGUGCCACAAUGUGGUGGUCCUGGCUGUGGUCAUGGCUGUGGCGGGACUGGCCAUGGGCUGCAUCGACACCAUCUCCAACAUGCAGCUGGUGAAGAUCUACCAGAAGGACUCGGCCAUCUUCCUGCAGGCCCUUCAUUUCUUCGUGGGCUUUGGAGCGCUGCUGAGCCCGCUGAUCGCUGACCCCUUCCUCUCCGACACCAACUGCAUCCUCUCGAACGCCACGGCCAACGCCUCCAGCAACCUCCCUCACAUCCGCAAGUCGCUGGUCCCGCACCACCCGGGCAACCUGUCCCACUACGACCUGCCGAUGAAAGGCAUGGUGGUCACCCGCGUCUCCUACGCCUUCUGGAUCAUGGCCCUCAUCAACCUGCCAGUCCCCAUCGCGGUGUUCUUCUUGCUCUACAAGGAGCGGAUGGUGCCGUGCUUCAACAGCAGCAGCCAUCCACUGCUGUCGGCAGACGAGCUGGCGAUGGAAACACGACCUACGGUGAAGGACGAUCUCGCUACCUCCGUGCAGAGACCCCACGCAGCAGGAGGUCAUGAUGACUUAUUUAGCUGCUGCCAAAGCAAAAACUUCAGAGGGGCUUCUUACACCUACUUCGCAGUCCACAUCACUGGGGCUCUUGUUCUCUUCAUGACUGAUGGGAUUGUGGGAGAGUACUCGGGCUUCAUUUACAGCUAUGCAGUGGAAGAGCCUCUCUCUGUAGUCCAUAAAGUGGCUGGCUACUUGCCCAGCCUCUUCUGGGGAUUCAUCACGCUGGGCAGACUCAUUUCUAUUCCCGUGUCCUACCGAAUGAAGCCAGCGACUAUGGUCUUCAUCAACGUGGUUGGAGUCCUGAUAACCUUCCUCCUGCUCCUGAUUUUCUCCUACAGUGUUGUCUUCUUGUUUGUGGGGACAGCAUCUCUGGGCCUGUUUCUCAGCAGCACUUUCCCCAGCAUGCUUGCCUACACUGAGGACAUCCUGCAGUACAAAGGCUGUGCCACGACUGUGUUAGUGACUGGAGCUGGAAUUGGAGAGAUGGUGCUGCAGUUACUGGUGGGAUCGAUUAUACAUGAUCAGGGCAGCUACAGUUUCCUGGUCUGUGGAAUGAUCUUUGGAGGCUUGGCCUUUACCUUCUACACUUUCCUCUUGUUUUUCCACAGGAUGUACCCCAAGCCCCCAUCAGAUAUGGAUGCCUCCUCACCUGACAAACCAGCAGUAAUGGAUGACACUGGACAGUAUCAGCGCUAAAGAGGUGGCCGUGCCCUAGACAAGCAAUAAAACAGCACACAAUUAAGCAGUACAAUUAAGGAUGAUUUCACACUUUAAUGACUAAAUCAUGCAAGUUUUCUGCAAUCAAAAGCACAUUAGUUUGGGUAAGUCAGAAUCAAGAAAACAUCCUAAAACACCACGGGAAGCUAAGCACAAGUUGCCCGUACCACAUGUACCAAAAAGACGAUAAACAUCAGACUUACCCUGAACCUGAAAGGCUACAGCAGUAGGGCAGGGAUGAGAACAGUUAGUCCUGCAAAUGAGCUUUCAUUACCGAUUCAGGAUGAAGGGUGGAGGUGAACAAUUUGUACCAUAUGUAAGACUUUGAAAUUCUCCUGGUUUAAGUCACUGAACUUAACAGGUUUUUCUUUUGGUCUGUAAAGUACAGGAACCCUUACAAUUUUACAGCACAAUACUGGUUUUGAACUAUUUUUGGUGUAACACAGGAGUGUACGUGAUCUCCAUGAAUACUUCCAAAUGGGAAAAAUUAUGCUAGUGGUAGAACCCACCAAGUGCACAGUGGUAGCAGGCUCUAUCUAUAUUUGCACAGUUGAUUCUUGUAUAUUACACAGUAUCAGAUGUUCACUAAGACAGUGUCUUAUUCAGCAUGCUAGGGCCUCUUGAUUAUUAAAAUCAUUAGCUUUUUUUUUAGAGUCAAGAAUGAGUUGUGAUGUUUUGUUUUGCUUUAAGUCAUUAUGUUAGCUGCUACAGUUGCAGUGUCUUUUAGGGCAGUUUUGUUUCUAGCUUCCAGUUGAAGCUUAAACAGAGGUAUUUUGGAGCCAGCCUCCAGCUGCUUAAUCUGUGCAAUACUUAUGAUAACAGGACAGGUGCCUUCUGUAAGGUACUCUUAUAACCCACGCAUGGCCUAUUACAAGCGACGAAGAAAGGACUGGCUUUAGAAUAAUGUAAAGCUAUAUGCAUCUAUUUCUUCAGUGAGUGAUUGGACAUGUACUUUUUGCUUUAACUGCUGUAUGUGGAUGUACAUAUGUACGUGUGUAUAUAAAGCAGUGUUUAAUUAAAGGUGAUUGAUUGCUAGAUUCUCA